AAUAUACCAGAUACGCUUUUUUCUGGUGUCUGGUAACACUAAUAAAAUUAUAUUUCGCAAGAUGCGGUGUAAUUUGAUUUCAACGGCUUUAAACGUUCUAAAUAGCACAAAAAAUGGCAAGCUAUUUCUUAUUACCGCACGACGUUUUUCCGGCGCCUCUGAAAUAUCUUCUACAGUAGAACAGUCGGUACGCCAAUUUCCAGCUGACCCAAGUGGCAGAAGCAAAACCGAGCGGUCCCUCCACAUCGCAGUGAUCGGAGUUCCAAACGUUGGCAAGAGCACUUUUAUUAACCAUAUAGUAAAUCAUAAGGUGUGCCCCACUUCCACUAAAGUACACACAACUCGUCAAUCAAAUACUGCGAUCUGCACUCAAGGCCAGACGCAGCUUGUCUUUUAUGACACGCCCGGCUUGGUGACCCAGCGGGAAAUCCGAAAACACCACCUGGAGCAGAGCUUUAAGAGUGCCUAUCGGCACGCAAUCCAGAACGCCGAUGUCAUUGCGGUAAUUCACGACGCUUCUAAUGGAUGGACGAGAAAUGAGCUGCAUCCUACAGUGCUUGAUACGUUAAAGUCCUACGCCAACUUGCCAAGCUUUCUUGUCUUAAACAAAAUAGAUGCCUUAAAGUCUAAGCGGGUGCUGCUGGAUUUGAUUAAGACGUUAACCAAUAAUACCCUGACAGGAAAACGGUCUGGUAAGGAUGCAGAUCGGAAUCUACCACCAACCGUAGCCGAAGAAACACGCCUAAACAAGAGAGACACCACCUGGAGCCAUUUUAGCGACGUUUUUCUUGUUUCCGCCAUCACAGGCAGUGGCUUGAACGAACUGCAAGAUUACCUGGUGGGGCAGGCUCGGCCAAGGAAGUGGAAGUUCCCUUCUGACGUCUACACAGAUUCAAACCCCGAGGCGCUUAUUGUGGAGAGUGUGCGAGCUCGGCUUUUGGACUACCUGCCGCAAGAAAUUCCCUAUAACCUAAAGUGCGAGCUUGAGUACUAUAACGUGGAGAAAAAUGUCAUAUACACCUCAGUUCAGGUGGAAUGUCCGACGGCCCGCAUUGAGCGUCUGAUUUGUGGCGAGUCUAACGGAAAGUUGCGUCAAAUCACAGAGCGUGUUACCUCAGAUUUGGUAGAAAUGUUCGGCCAGGCUGUGUCACUUACCAUUUCAACUUUUUCUAAGGGAAAGAAGUCUGCGUCUAUAAAUCAAAAGUAAUUGCAGUUUGUUAAUUAAUUAUUGUUUUAAUUGUUUUAAAAUAUAAUAUAUGAAUUCACAAAAGUUUCAA